CCGGAGGAAGUAGUGAGCCUUCUUCCGGCGCAAGGGGGCCGGAAGUUGUGGCCGGCCGUGUCAACCUGGGGUCUGCGGUCUGUGAGUGCUGCUGAGACCGCCACCAUGGGCGGGAAGAACAAGCAGCGGACCAAGGGGAACCUGAGGCCUUCAAACAGUGGCCGUGCUGCAGAACUCCUUGCCAAAGAACAGGGAACGGUUCCUGGAUUUAUUGGUUUUGGAACAUCUCAGAGUGACCUCGGUUAUGUUCCUGCUAUUCAAGGAGCUGAAGAAAUUGACAGUCUCGUAGAUUCUGAUUUCCGAAUGGUGCUGCGCAAACUUUCUAAGAAAGAUGUUACAACAAAAUUAAAAGCAAUGCAGGAAUUUGGAUUCAUGUGUACAGAAAGAGACACAGAAAUUGUAAAAGGAGUUCUUCCAUACUGGCCAAGAAUUUUCUGCAAAAUUUCACUUGAUCAUGACCGCCGGGUUCGAGAAGCCACACAGCAAGCUUUUGAAAAACUAAUCCUUAAAGUAAAGAAACACUUGGCUCCUUAUUUAAAAAGUUUAAUGGGCUAUUGGCUAAUGGCUCAGUGUGAUACUUAUACACCAGCUGCAUCUGCAGCAAAAGAUGCCUUUGAAGCAGCUUUCCCUCCAAGCAAGCAACCUGAAGCCAUAGCGUUUUGUAGGGAUGAAAUUAUAAGUGUGCUGCAGGAUCAUCUUAUAAAAGAAACACCUGAUACGCUCAGUGACCCACAAACUGUUCCAGAGGAAGAGAGAGAAGCUAAAUUUUAUCGGGUUGUAACUUCUUCCUUAUUAGCAUUGAAGAAAUUGCUUUGCCUCUUACCUGAUAAUGAGCUUGAGUCUCUGGAGGAGAAAUUUAAGGUUGUUUUAUCACAGAAUAAAUUUUGGAAGUAUGGAAAACACAGUAUACCUCAGAUCCGCUCAGCUUAUUUUGAGUUAAUUUCUGCUUUGUGCCAGCGUAUUCCACAAUUGAUAAAAGAUGAAGCAUCUAAAGUGAGCCCAUCUGUUUUACUUAGCAUUGAUGACAGUGACCCCAUUGUAUGCCCAGCUCUUUGGGAAGCUGUGCUUUAUACAGUUACAACUAUUGAGGACUGUUGGCUUCAUGUAAAUGCAAAAAAAAGUGUGUUUCCCAAACUGUCAGCUGUGGUUCGUGAAGGUGGUCGGGGUCUGGCUACUGUCAUUUAUCCUUAUCUUCUGCCAUUUAUCAGCAAACUCCCUCAGUCCAUUACAGAUCCAAAGUUGGAGUUCUUCAAAAAUUUCCUCACCUCUCUAGUUAUAGGGCUGUCAACAGAGAGAAUCAAAACCAGCUUUUCAGAGUGUUCAGCAGCAAUAUCUGCCUUUUUUGAGUGCUUACAUUUUAUAAUGCAACAAAACUUAGGCGAGGAAGAGAUUGAAGAGAUGCUCAUCAAUGAUCAGUUGAUUCCUUUUAUUGAUGCAUUUCUCAAAGACCCAAGGACGCAAGAUGGGCAGCUAUUUAACUAUUUAGCAGAAACUUUAACUUCCUGGGAAGCCAAAGCAGAUAUGGAAAAUGAUGAUAAAAUGGCUCAUAGCUUGGAGAAAGUGCUAGUAAAUUUCUGGGAAAGACUCUCAGAAAUUUGUGUUCAAAAAAUCAAUGAGCCACAAGCUAAUGUUACAUCUGUUUUGGGUUUAUCUAACCUAUUAGAGGUCCUUCAAAAGCCAAAGAGUUCAUUGAAGUCAAAUAAAAAAAAAGUUUGUAAAGUUAGAUUUGCUGAUGAGAUGCUUGAAUGUAAUAAAGAGAAUGAAAAAUGUGUUUCCUCAGGAGAGAAUAGUGAAGGCUCCGGAUUAAUGGCUGACCUGUCUCUUACUCAUAAUUGUUCAGAUGAUAUAUCUCCGCUAAGGAAAAAACCUUUGGAAGACUUAGUCUGUAAACUAGCAGAGAUGAGUAUUAAUUAUGUCAAUGAACAAAAGUCAGAGCAACAUCUAAGAUUUCUUUCCACUCUGCUCAGCUCUUUCUCUUCAACCCAAGUAUUUAAAAUGCUGCUUGGUGAUGAAAAACAGAGUACUGUCAAAGCCAAACCUCUUAAAGUAGCGAAACUUGCACAAAAAAACCCUGCAGUUCAGUUUCUAUACCAGAAACUAAUAGGUUGGCUAAAUGAACAUCAAAGGAAGGAAGCUGGUUUCUUGGUGGACAUUUUGUACAGUGCCCUCCAUUGCUGUGACAACAAUAUGGAAAGAAAAGAAGUCUUGGACGAUCUAACUGAGGUGGACCUGAAAUGGAAUUCUAUUCUUCAGGUCAUUGAAAAGGCAUGUUCUAGUUCAGAUAAACAUGCUUUAGUAACUCCUUGGCUCAAAGGAGAUAUCCUUGGAGAGAAAUUGGUAACCUUGGCAGAUCAUCUUUGUAAUAAGGACUUGGAAUCCACAGUAUCUUCUGAAACUUACUUCUCAGAAAGAUGGACUCUUUUAAGUUUGGUAUUAUCACAGCAGGUUAAAAAUGAUUACUUGAUUGGAGAAGUAUAUGUUGAAAGAAUUAUUGUUAAACUUCAUGAAACUUUAUCCAAUGCAAAGAAAUUGUCAGAAGCUGAAAAUAAUGACUCGUCAGUGUCUUUUAUCUGUGAUGUGGCCUAUAAUUAUUUCAGUUCAGCAAAAGGAUGCUUGCUAAUGCCAUCAUCCGAGGAUUUAUUAUUAACUCUCUUUCAGUUAUGUGCUCAGAGCAAAGAAAAAACACAUUUGCCAGACUUUCUUAUCUGUAAAGUGAAAAAUACUUGGCUCUGUGGUGUGAAUUUAUUGGUUCAUCAAGCUGGCAGUACAUAUAAACAGAGUACCUUCCUACGUCUGUCUGCUCUGUGGCUAAAGAACCAAGUUCAGUCAUCAUCUUUGGAUAUUAAGAGUCUUCAAGUCCUCUUGUCUACUGUUGAUGAUUUGCUAAAUAAGCUUCUAGAGAGUGAAGAUACUCAUCUUCUAGGAGUUUAUAUUGAAAGUGUAAUGCCAAACAACUGUGAAUGGGAAAAGAUGAGACAGUCUCUUCCUAUGCAGUGGUUACACAGACCUCUUUUAGAAGGAAGAUUGAGUUUGAAUUAUGAGUAUUUCAAAACAGAUUUUAAAGAACAAGUUACAAAGAAACUUCCCAGCCAUUUGUGUACUUCAGCAUUAUUGAGCAAAAUGUUAUUAGUUGCACUAAAAAAGGAAAUAAUCCUAGAAAAUAAUGAGCUUGAGAAAAUAAUUGCAGAACUGCUCUAUUCAUUGCAGUGGUAUGAAGAAUUAGACAAUGCACCUGUUUUUCUAACUGGAUUUUGUGAAAUGCUUCAAGAAAUGAAUAUUACAUAUGAUAGUUUAUGUGGACUUGAUAAUACAUCUGGCCUUUUACAGUUGUUAUUUAACAGAUCCAUGGAAAAUGGUACCCUUUGGUCUCUUAUUAUUGCUAAGUUGAUCCUUUCCCAGAGUGUUUCAUCUGAUGAAGUAAAACGACAUUACAGGAGAAAAGAAGGUUUUUUUCCACUCACAGAAGGUAAUAUGCAUACCAUUCAAAGUCUCUGUCCAUUUUUGUCAAAAGAAGACAAGAAAGAAUUCAUUGCACAAUGUAUACCUGCCCUUUUGGCCUGGACUAAGGAAGAUAUUUGCAGUACUAAUGGAGGUUUUGGACAUCUUGCAAUUUUCAAUUCUUGUUUGCAAACCAGAAGCAUAGAUGAUGGAGAGCUAUUACAUGGUAUAUUAAAAAUUCUAAUAUCCUGGAAAAAAGAUCAUGAAGAUAUUUUUCUUUUCAGUUGUAAAUUAUCAGAAGUAAGUCCAGAGAUACUGGGUGUAAACAUAGAAAUAAUCCGGUUCCUUUCCCUAUUUCUGAAAUACUGUUCAUCUCCUUUGGCAGAGAGUGAAUGGGACUUUAUCAUGUGUUCCAUGUUGGCUUGGUUGGAGACAACAAGUGAGAAUCAUGCAUUGUAUUCUGUUCCACUUGUACAACUGUUUGCCUGUGUCAGCUGUGAUCUGGCCUGUGAGCUCAGUGCUUUUUUUGAAUCCACAACUCUGGACUCCAUUGGCAAUCUUCCUAUAAAUCUAAUCAAUGAAUGGAAAGAAUUUUUUUCCCAAGGCAUCCACAGUAUGCUUUUACCUCUUUUGGUGACUGUUACAGGAGAAAGCAAAGAUACAUCUGAAACAUCCUUUCAGAAUGCCGUGCUAAAGCCCAUGUGUGAAACACUAACAUAUAUCCCAAAGAAUCAGCUAUUGAGUCAAAAACUCCCUGCAAAACUGGUUGCUGGCCAAAAAACAAACUUGCCAGAAUAUCUCCAGACUUUGUUAAAUACAUUGGCCCCCUUACUCCUCUUCAGAGCUCGGCCUGUGCAAAUUGCUGUUUAUCAUAUGCUAUACAAAUUGAUGCCUGAAUUACCACAGUACGAUCAGGAUAAUCUAAAGUCAUAUGGAGAUGAAGAAGAAGAACCAGCUUUGUCACCACCGGCAGCACUGAUGUCUCUUCUUAGCACUCAAGAGAACUUACUGGAAAAUGUUUUGGGGUGCAUUCCUGUUGGACAAAUAGUGACUAUUAAGCCAAUGAGUGAAGACUUCUGCUAUGUUCUGGGAUAUCUCCUCACUUGGAAAUUAAUACUUACUUUCUUCAAAGCUGCUUCAUCUCAGCUUCGAGCUCUGUAUUCAAUGUACCUUCGAAAAACAAAAAGUUUGAAUAAAUUGCUCUAUCACCUGUUCAGGCUUAUGCCAGAAAAUCCAACUUAUGCAGAGACAGCUAUUGAGCUUUCAAAUAAGGACCCUAAAACAUUCUUUACAGAAGAGCUCCGGUUGAGUAUUAGAGAAACAGCGACUCUUCCAUACCAUAUUCCACACUUGGCUUGUUCAGUCUAUCAUAUGACAUUAAAAGACUUGCCUGCCAUGGUGAGGCUGUGGUGGAAUAGUAGUGAGAAGCGUGUUUUCAAUAUUGUGGAUAGAUUUACAAGCAAGUAUGUCAGCAGUGUUCUUUCUUUUCAAGAAAUAUCUUCUGUGCAGACAAGUACACAACUAUUUAAUGGCAUGACGGUUAAAGCUCGAGCUACUACUCGAGAAGUAAUGGCUACUUAUACUAUUGAGGACAUAGUUAUUGAACUUAUAAUACAACUGCCUUCAAAUUAUCCAUUGGGUUCAAUAACAGUAGAAAGUGGGAAAAGAGUUGGAGUGGCUGUUCAGCAGUGGCGGAACUGGAUGCUGCAGUUAAGCACUUACCUCACCCAUCAAAAUGGAAGUAUUAUGGAAGGCUUGGCAUUAUGGAAAAAUAAUGUAGACAAACGUUUUGAGGGUGUUGAAGAUUGCAUGAUCUGUUUCUCAGUCAUUCAUGGUUUCAACUACUCUCUUCCCAAAAAAGCAUGUAGAACAUGCAAGAAAAAGUUUCAUUCAGCCUGCUUGUACAAAUGGUUUACAUCUAGCAACAAAUCUACUUGUCCACUCUGUCGUGAGACCUUUUUCUGAGAUUUUUUUCCCACCAGAAGUAAUCCCUGAAGUAAAUCAAGCAAAGGCAGUGAAUUUGGAUCCAUCUUAAAGUGUUGAUGUAAGGAGGCCAGUGAACAUUACUUAUAAAUAGGGCCUUCUAUGGAAAAUGUAUCUUGGUUAAUGUAAUGAUCCUAAAAUCAGUUUUACUUAUCUUUAGAUUGUGUUGUAAAUGUUUGGAAACCUUUUCUUUGACAGGAGAAUAUUACAUAUUUGAGAGAAAAUAUUUAUAUUAAUAAUCUCUUUGUGUAUUUAAAAAUAAAUAUGGAAAAAGCCUAAAUUACAGAAUUGGAAUUUGUGAAAGCAUUAUGCAACUGUAUUAUACUGAUAAAUCCAUUUAGUUUGUUGACUUAUGUUCUAGAAUAGUCCAAGGGAGGCAAAUGAAUUAAGAGGGUUGAUUUACAGCUACAGAUAUUUUAAGACUUAUUUAUGAGUUAUGACAACAAAAUUAAUAUUCUGAUUUUGUAGAUAUUUUAAUGAUAAAGUGAGACUAAGCUAUAUUAAUAUAGCUUAAGUUAUUUUAAAGCAUGCUCUGAAAUUCUAAAUAAAAGAGUGUAAACUGAACUUUAAGGUGCCUCCAUAUAUCAAGGGUUAUGAAAAUCAGAAAACUAAGUUCAUAAUAACACUGAACUUUUGCUGUGGAAGACAAAUUUCCAUGUAUUAGUGACCUAUCUGUGAAUUUAUUACUCAGUUUGAAUCUCCAGAGGGUGAGACUUUGAGACAAACAGGAAUUCGAUUAUUUUAUUCAUGAAGCAGAGUGGUAGUUAUCCCAUUAUUGAGAAGAAAUAAAUAAAUUAGUAUUUCUGAAACUUAAGAUUGGCAGAAGAAGAAAUUUUUUUAAAAUGUUGUAGGAAGCUUUCUAAUUUUGUAAGCAAGAUUUGGUGUUCUUUCUGGCCAGAGUUACACUAAAUUAGAAAUCUGUGGGAGUUAGUUUUUUUGCAAUCUUCAGAAGUACAAGUUAAGAAUUUUAGUACUAAGCAAAAUUCAGUAUAACAGACUAAAGUAGAGUAAGUGAAGAACUGCCUUUUGCCACAACACUGUUAUGCCUAAAAUUGUGCCCAAAAUGUAAAAGUAUGGAACUUGUAAUAAUUUUAUUGCAGUCUUCCAUUACAUGGGAAAUAUUAGCAUAUCUAAUAGCAAGGUUACUUGAAAGAUCAGCUGAUCAUCUCUCUUGCAGAUGUUUAAUUUGGCAAAAAGCAACUCAUGUUAAAUAAAAUUAUGCUUACCAUCAA